UAUUCUCUACCCCUGCCACACCUCACCCACUACCUUUCCUUCCUUCCUUCCUCGUUGCACACUGCCCCAGAAGAACAUACCACAGCACCAGAGCAGAGCAGAGGCCCGACCCCCAAGUAAGAUGAGUUCUUCUUCCAGCAGGUUAUGUCGUCCGGUGAGGCUACCACUUCUGCUGUUGCUGCUGCCGCUUCUGUUCCUGAGCUCAUCGUCGUUGGUGCUGGCCGGCGUCGACGGGACUGGACAGUACCGGCCGGCCCGGCGGCUGCUGGUGACGCCGCCGUCGACGCACAAGUCGGAGCAGCGGAUGCGGGUGGACGGCGCGAAGAAGCCCUUCAGGAACGCCGGCGCGAUCCUGGGGCGCCGGAAGAUACCGCGCUCGGUCUGGAAUCCCAUCCACAACAGAUAAAAGGCGUAGACGGACUAGAUGGCCACAGAGCAUCUAGGCAGUGAGGGCACACACAGGGAUAGGAAUUAAGAAUGGAGGCACGUGCAUGGAGGGUCGAGCUUAGGAUCGAUCGUCGCAUCUGUGUGUAAACCCUUUCAAUUUUGUAGUUAGUUUUUUUUUUCAGUUUAUAGGCAUUUUUUGUGUGUAAGUUUAGCUAUAUAUAGCUAGUCGGUCAGAUGGGAGUAACAGCUGGUUCUUCCCUUCAUGUUGUCACUUGUUUCA